GCCCGGGCUGAUCCCACAGGCCGGUAUAAAGUGCCGUGACCCUCAGGUGACCAGCCAGGGCUGGCUGCCGUCGGGGACAGGGCUUUCCAUAGCCAUGGCCCAGCAGUGGAGCCUCCAGAGGCUCGCAGGCCGGCAUCCGCAGGACAACUAUGAGGACAGCACCCAGUCCAGCAUCUUCACCUACACCAACAGCAACUCCACCAGAGGCCCCUUUGAAGGCCCCAAUUACCACAUCGCUCCCAGAUGGGUGUACCACCUCACCAGUGUCUGGAUGGUCUUUGUGGUCGUCGCAUCCGUCUUCACGAAUGGGCUGGUGCUGGUGGCCACCAUGAAGUUCAAGAAGCUUCGCCACCCUCUGAACUGGAUCCUGGUGAACCUGGCGGUUGCUGACCUGGCAGAAACCGUCAUUGCCAGCACUAUCAGCAUCGUGAACCAGAUCUACGGCUACUUUGUGCUGGGCCACCCAAUGUGUGUCCUGGAGGGCUACACGGUCUCCCUGUGUGGGAUCACGGGUCUCUGGUCCCUGGCCAUCAUUUCCUGGGAGAGGUGGCUGGUUGUCUGCAAGCCCUUUGGCAACAUGAGAUUUGAUGCCAAGCUGGCCAUCGUGGGAGUUGCCUUCUCCUGGAUCUGGGCUGCUGUGUGGACAGCCCCGCCCAUCUUUGGUUGGAGCAGGUACUGGCCCCAUGGCCUGAAGACUUCCUGCGGCCCAGACGUGUUCAGUGGCAGCUCGUACCCCGGGGUGCAGUCUUAUAUGAUUGUCCUCAUGAUCACAUGCUGCAUCCUCCCACUCAGCAUCAUUGUGCUCUGCUACCUCCAAGUGUGGCUGGCCAUCCGAGCGGUGGCAAAGCAGCAGAAAGAGUCUGAAUCCACCCAGAAGGCAGAGAAGGAAGUGACGCGCAUGGUGGUGGUGAUGAUCCUGACGUUCUGUGUCUGCUGGGGACCCUACACCUUCUUCGCAUGCUUUGCUGCUGCCAACCCUGGCUACGCCUUCCACCCUCUGAUGGCUGCCCUGCCAGCCUACUUUGCCAAAAGUGCCACUAUCUACAACCCCAUUAUCUAUGUCUUUAUGAACCGGCAGUUUCGAAACUGCAUCUUGCAGCUUUUUGGGAAGAAGGUUGACGAUGGCUCUGAACUCUCCAGCGCCUCCAAAACAGAGGUCUCAUCUGUGUCCUCGGUGUCACCUGCAUGAGGUCUGCCUCCUAACUGUCCCACCCGCCGGGGCUUUGGCCAGCUCUCCCUUUCCCUCCUUCUCCAUCCCUGUGAAAUAAAUGUAAUUUAUCUUUGCCAAAACCAA